AUGUCCUGGGCAAAGGGGCAGGGGGUGAACAGUGAUGCCCAGCAGAGUGACGGAGCUGAACAUUUACUUCACCAUUUCCCUGGUCCUGCCAAGAUACUGAGGCCAAAUGUGUCCCCAUUUCAUGCCCCUGGUCCCCCCGAGCCCCCAGGACUGGGAGCUGGAAGAGAAGCAGCUGAUGGAUGGAGAGGCCAGUCUGCAGGAGGCUGGCCAGGGGAGCCCAGACUCCAGGCACAAGCCAGCGGCAACCCUGCAGAAAGAGGCGUCCCACUGCCCACACAAGGCAGUGGCUUUCCUAAGAAAGCACAGGGAUCGUGUGAGCAGAUCCUGCCUGAGGAUCAGGAGCUGUCCGGGCCUGGCAACACCUUCAUGCACAGGCAGAUCAGUGCCAUGCUUCAGCCCGGAGUGAACAAAUUCUCCCUCCGCAUGUUUGGCAGCCACAAGGCAGUGGAGAUUGAGCAGGAGAGGGUUAAAUCUGCGGGCUUUUGGAUCAUUCACCCCUACAGUGACUUCAGGUUUUACUGGGAUCUUGCUAUGCUGCUGCUCAUGGUGGGGAAUCUAAUCAUCCUGCCGGUGGGAAUCACCUUUUUUAAGGACGAGAACACCCCUCCAUGGAUUGUCUUCAAUGUGGUUUCGGACACCUUCUUCCUCAUUGACCUGGUGUUGAACUUCCGGACAGGCAUUGUGGUGGAAGACAACACCGAGAUCAUCCUCGACCCUCACACCAUCAAGAUGAAAUACCUGAAGAGCUGGUUCCUGGUGGACUUUGUAUCUUCCAUCCCGGUCGACUACGUCUUCCUCAUCGUGGACCUGGAGACCAGGGUGGAUUCCGAGGUCUAUAAGACAGCCAGAGCCCUGAGGAUUGUGCGCUUUGCCAAGAUCCUCAGCUUGCUGCGACUCCUGCGCCUCUCACGUCUCAUCCGAUACAUCCACCAGUGGGAGGAGAUCUUUCACAUGACCUAUGAUCUUGCCAGUGCGGUGGUGAGGAUUGUAAACCUGAUUGGCAUGAUGUUGCUGCUGUGUCAUUGGGAUGGAUGUCUCCAGUUCCUUGUGCCCAUGCUCCAGGAUUUCCCCGAGGAUUGCUGGGUCUCCAUCAACCACAUGGUGAAUGAUUCCUGGGGGAAACAGUACUCCCACGCCCUCUUCAAGGCGAUGAGUCACAUGCUGUGUAUUGGCUACGGUCAACAGGCUCCUAAGGGGAUGACUGACGUCUGGCUAACCAUGCUCAGCAUGAUCGUGGGGGCAACCUGCUACGCCAUGUUCAUCGGACACGCCACUGCCCUCAUCCAGUCUCUCGAUUCAUCCCGACGGCAAUACCAGGAGAAGUACAAGCAAGUGGAACAGUACAUGUCCUUCCACAAGCUGCCAGCGGAAAUGCGCCAACGAAUCCACGAAUACUACGAGCACCGUUAUCAGGGGAAGAUGUUUGAGGAAGAGAAUAUUCUGGGAGAGCUCAGCGUCCCUCUGAGAGAGGAAAUUGUUAACUUCAAUUGCCGGAACCUCGUUGCUACGAUGCCUCUAUUUGCCAAUGCUGACCCCAAUUUUGUCACUGCCAUGCUAACCAAGCUUCGUUUCGAAGUCUUUCAACCUGCUGACUACAUCGUGCGUGAGGGCACAGUUGGCAAGAAGAUGUAUUUCAUCCAGCACGGAGUGGUCAGCAUCCUAACCAAAGGCAGCAAGGAGACCAAGCUGUCUGACGGCUCCUACUUUGGAGAGAUCUGUCUGUUAACCCGCGGCAGGAGAACAGCUAGUGUCCGAGCUGAUACUUACUGCAGACUCUACUCACUGUCUGUCGAUCAUUUUAACGAGGUGUUGGAGGAGUACCCCAUGAUGCGGAGAGCCUUUGAAACCGUGGCAAUGGACCGACUCACCAGGAUAG